UUGCGGACGGUGGACUUGCUUUCCCCGGAGCUGGGCACUAGUUGGAUAAUCUCUUAUACCGGGAGAGGACACGAACUAAUACAGAACACGAUGCUCCUGCUGCUGCCUCUCGCGACCCUCCUGCUCGGCGGGGGGACGGUGCUCUCCGCGGUCAGCAGCGGUCCCCCGGGCAGCGACCGGUGGCUCAGCAGCCUAUCCGAGACGGACGGCUACUGGGGCAAAUUCCGAGAUGAUGAAGACCCCAGGAGCUGGUCUCCCCCCUCCAGGCCUCUCCAUCAAGAGGCUGACCUACGACCCGCAAGGCACGGGGAACUGGGGAAAGAGCUUCACCAUGGGCCGGCCAGGAGAACCCUGCAAGACGGACUGGACGCCACUAAGGACCCCUGUCUGCUGGUUCGCUGCCCGCCUCACAAGGUGUGCGUCAGCCACGACUACAUGACAGCCACCUGCGCCACUCCUACGCAACCGACACACAGCACGAAGACCAGGAAAGGAACCCCAGGCCACAAACACAACAAGGAGGUCGCCACUGCUCAUGGGAAAUGUAGGCCCUGCCCAGCCAUCGCGUACGGCCCUGUGUGCGGGUCUGACGGUCAUAUCUACUCCUCACAGUGUAAGCUGGACUUCCAUGGCUGUAUGUCUGGGAAGGUGCUCUCAGUGAAGUGUUAUGGGCUCUGCCCAUGUCUCCCUGGUCAGGAGGCCAGCCGACCAGCACGCCCGACCACCAAGGCUGUCUGCAGUGACAGUGACCUUCACAGUCUGGCCUCCAGACUGAAGGACUGGUUCGGAGUCCUCCACCUCGAUGCCAACCGAGACCUAAAAGCCUCCGACAGCUCAGACUCCGCCCAGGGACGCUUCGACACCAGCAUCCUGCCCAUCUGCAAGGACUCGCUGGGCUGGAUGUUCAACAAGCUGGACGUGAACUUUGACCUGCUGCUGGACCAAUCAGAGCUGAGCACCCUCUACCUGGACAAGUACGAGCUGUGCAUGAAGCCGCUCUUCAACUCCUGCGACUCCUUCAAGGAUGGAAAGCUCUCCAACAACGAGUGGUGCUACUGCUUCCAGAAGCCCGAGGGCAUGCCUUGCCAAAAUGAGAAGAGCAAGAUCCAGCUGCAAGGACGACAGAAGAGCCUCAUAGGAGCCUACAUCCCUCGCUGUACGGAGGUGGGCUACUUCAAGCCCACCCAGUGUCACGGCAGCACCGGUCAGUGUUGGUGUGUGGACAAAUACGGCAACGAGAUCGCAGGCUCCAGGAAACAGGGCAACCCCAGCUGUGACGAGGACCAAGAGACCUCUGGGGACUUCAGCAGUGGCGGGGGCGUCGUCCUCCUGGAGGAUCAGGAGGAGGAGCCAUCACUGAGUGGGCGGGGCCGGCAGAAGAAGAGGCGGGGCCGAAUCCACCCCAGAGGAACCAUGGAGGACGACGAAGACCGGGAGGAGGACGAUGAGAUGGGCUAUGUCUGGUAGCUCUGCCGCGGCCUACCCUGUCCUCGGGCCAAUCAGGAACCUCCGCUAACAGCACAGAUCUAAAGCCAUUCCAGUGUGUCCCCCCGCCGGUCCAUUCUGCUGGCUCCCUGCUCCCUGAAGCCCCAUCUCACUCCUCAGCUCAUCCUCCUCCAGAUACAAAUAGCUUCUGUAUAGAACAGUCCUGACUGUCAGGACUGUGAAGUCUCUCACUCACCCUCCCCUCAGAACGCCCUGCUUCCUUCCCCUGCCCGCUGCAGCUACAUCAUGUUUACUACGAUGAACUCUGCCCUCCUUUGUCCCUAUCUGCCCCUUUUGUAGUUCUUUCCGUUGCCCAGUGUCCAUUUGAUAGUCCGUGGUCAGAGGGCAGAGCUGUUAGGGUGGUUGAUGGAUUGGAUGAGAAGUUGAGUUCGGGAACCAGAAUGUCGGGUCUAUGAGAGGUAUUUAUUCGUUACGUUUGCUGCUAUGGGUUCCCUCCAGCGUUGGAAUGUUUUUUGGGACGGCCCCUCCUCUCUCAGGCCCAGGAUCGUAUCGGAUUGUUUCUGAUCUGUUUGCUUCCUGAAUGUCCUAGACUGCCCUACAUGCAGUUUGUUUAUAGAUUCGUUGUUCAUGUAGUUCCCCCUGGCUGAUGCCUCUGGUUUAAAUGUUCACCUUGAGAUCGGUGUGAUUAUUGGACAGAAGAAAAACAAAUAACGCAGCACUACUUCCCUCGUGAGGAAGCUGCCACCAUUAAGAUUGUUUCAAUUGUUAAUGAAAAAACAAGUCACAACCAACUUAGCCAGCCCUAAUUGUGUCUCAGAUAAAAAGGGUUGACUGCCUAUGAAAACCGUGUAAGACUUUAUUAUCAUGAAACUAAUUCUAUUUGACCUGACACGUGCUAGCUACACUCACCCCUUUAUUGUGUGGAAAACAAGGCAAAGCAGCAGUACAUGGGUCUAUCCGAAGGAAACCCUCCAGGUGUUACAACCAGGGUUUGUAAAAUAACCAGGUCUCUAUGGCCUGCAAGCCUCACCUCUGUCUUCUUCCACAUGAAUAGAAUAAAAUCAUCGAGUCAUACAUGAUUCACGUUAAUCCAUCAGCCAGAGCUCCUUUGGGCGUUAUUAUAGUGAACCAAGACCGACGAAGACAGAAGGAAGAACAAGCUCCCAGACGGAAAACUUAGAGGUGUUGGGGAGCCUCAUACUAAGCUUCGGAAUUCCUAAUAAUCACAGUAGCACAAGUCCAUGUAGAAUUGCAUUUAAAUAUAAUAGAUAAGGUAGUUUCCGAUACAGAGUCGUUUUUUAGGGGGAAAUUGAAAGCCUUAUGUUGGUUUUAGCUUUCCUUUGAUUUUUUUUAUAUUUGUAUGGCAUUUUAGUCGCAAUAUUUCACUCGACGUGGCAUGAUGCAUGCCUUGAUUAUUAGCAAGUGUGGAAAAAAAGAUACAGGACUUUGGACACAUCACAGAAGAAGAAGCAGAAGAAGAGGCAGAAGAAGAAGAGGCAGAAGAAGCAGAAGUAGAAGAGGCGAGAGCUCCCCUGCUCAGUGUUGCUUUCCAACAGACAAGAACAAGACCCGAGCCCUUCCAAGGAAACAAGCGUGAAUUGGCCCGAUUUAAAAACCGGAGUAUCUACAAUCCUUCACUCUCGUCCACCUCCUGCUCCUCGGGGAGAUGGAUGGGGCGAUCCUUGGGUCAGUCAGGCAGAACCUCAGUCUAUUUAAUGUUCAUCAUUUAUUUAUACACGCUGAGCUCAUUAAAAUAAUAUUAAUAUCCACCAUUUCUCAUUAAACCCUUCUGGUGUGCACUUCUGGUUAGUUGUGGUUUAACCCCCCUGGCUAAAUGCAACAGCUACGUUUCCCAGCAUCUUCUCCAAGCGAGACAGAUGCAUUGUGGCCCCCGCCAAGUGGUCCCUCAAGGAUCUAGUGAGCUCAAACUUAAGCCUCUCUGAGCUUGUGAGGCGCUUGUACUUUAAUAUUCUGCAGCAGUUGGUCAGCUAUCUUCCUGGAUCUUACCUUUACAUUUCAAUUUUUUGUGGUUUGUUGUUUGGGAUCUCACAUGCGCACACUCGGCACGGUUUUCCUCCAGACCGCAUUGCGGGGCAUUUAAUUGUACGUACAAACAUGUACAUAGACAUGAUGUAUCAUGUAGCCAUGUAUGCUGUCCCUCCAGGGUUGAUGACCAAUGUUGCAUUGGUUGCUCAGUCGGGUUCAUUGCUGAGCCAGCGAUUCAGCCAUAAGAAGGCACACCCACUGCCCGAGUGCAGACUCACAAUGUAAUAUAUUUGUGGAGCGUGGCCGAGCUUGUUUGGCUUUUUUUUGCUCUUGAACCUUAAUUUCUCCUUUUAGCUCUGGUUUCUGUAACCCAGGCAUGGCCAAGUGGUGGCUCUGGUGGGCCCUCUGAUGACCGGCCCUCUGUCUUUAAAUUACGCUUUGCUUGCUGUAAUCCAGGCAGGAGGAGAAAUAUUGUUAGGUCUGGGUUCGCCCAACAUAGAGGACCUCUGACCUUUGCAACACAGCACAGUCUUUCCACUGUCGCACAAGUAACAUGUCCACACACAAACACACACACACACACACACACACACACACACACACACACACACACACACACACACACACACACACACACACACACACACACACACA